AUGGAGGUUAAGACAGGCAGCCGUCCGAAUUGUGCUACUGACUUCUUUAAUUCCACCGUGGCACCUGUGUCAGAACUAGAAGCUGUGGUAGAAGUUACACGGGGAACCGAAGAUUACGCUUCCAAACACUCGGAAUCUACUAAAAAAGAAGGCGAAGAAAAUUCAGUGACUCACGCAGCUACUAGUGCCGGGAAUACGCAGCCAACAGAGGAACGUCUUCGUCUCUCGGUAGCACCUACUGUAAAUGCAAAGACAAAUGUUGGAAAAUACAGACUCCUGAGAACUAUCGGGAAGGGAAAUUUUGCGAAAGUCAAGCUUGCGAUCCACAUGGCCACUGGUGCUGAGCUUAAACGAGAGAUAACCAUCAUGAAGGUUACCAAUCAUCCCAACAUAGGUGAGAUUUUCGAUUAUCUUGUCGCUAAUGGGAAGAUGAGAGAGAAGGAAGCGAGAAUGAAGUUCCGUCAACUGCUUUCAGCCAUCCAAUACUGUCAUUCAAAACGCAUUGUCCAUCGUGAUCUUAAAGCGGAGAAUAUUCUGUUGGAUCGGAACUUGAACGUGAAGGUUGCUGAUUUUGGGUUGGCCAAUAACUUUGACUACGACCAACGACUUAAUACGUUCUGUGGCAGCCCUCCUUAUGCAGCUCCUGAACUGUUUUUGGUAAGUGAGCAUCAGGAUCGUUGUUCUCCACGCUUAGAUUGA